AUGUCUGAAAGCACCAAGAGAUAUCACAGUCCUCCAACUGGUGCUACACCUGGAAAGAAACCACCAAAAAGGCACAUGCAAGAAAAUGUAAAAAAGACAUCAAGGAAAUCUUUGUUUCAAACUGGGACUGUAAUUAAAAAAAAGGUAGAAUCUGCAGUUUCUGUAUAAUUUUCCUGUUUGUGGGAUAGUCAGCUAGCCCACAUGAUAUGUCCAGUAGGCUUAAUACAAUAUUAAAAUAUAGAAAUAUUGUAAUCCAUUUGGUCAUAUUUUGUAUGCUAUAUGAUAACAAUUCCCAUGAAUUGUUUUAAUUGCUACAGUUGGUUGAAAAUUUUAUAUAUAUUUUUUCAAAUUGACACAGAAUGAUUGGAGUUAUGAUGAAAUUUCAUCUUUGGUGGAAUAUGUGGCACUUUAUCAUGCACCAGAUGAAGCUUCUAGUACUGUGUGGCCGACACACAAGAAUGAGCAGUUUUGGAACAAGUGUGCUGAAGCAGUUAACUGUUCCAAUCAAGAAACGAAUUGGACUGGUAGGUGCACAUGUACUUGA